AUGGGAAAAUCAAAAUCCUCGCGCAAUAUAAAAAAAAUAACCCAGCAAGAAUGCCACGUCGACUGGAUGUUAGCUUGUCCUGAUCCAACUCCACUUGCAUUUUUUCGAUUUAUAUUUCCAUCUCACCGAAUUAAAGCAUCUGAAAAGUAUAAGAAGGCGCUCGACCUUGCUUUUAAGGAAGCCGUUGAUGAGGAGUUACGUAAUAAGUUUGAAGAAAUGAAAAAAUCAGCCAAUGAAGCAAGAAUUUUAGAAGAUUGGGAAACAUGGAUGCAACAAAAAACAGCG